AUGAGUAUUACGCCGAGCGCAGCUCCUGCCUUCUUCCCAGGGCUAACAGCGUGGUAUGUUACGCAGGCGACACAUGACAAGCUAAACGCUGUUACAACAUAUCCAGUGCAGCAGGUGCACGCUCAGGUGUCAACACUGUACCAGAACGCUAAUUCGACCAUGAUCCUGUCAUCAUCGAUGAGUAUUGUGUUUCAUAGAUCUGCACCGGGCCCAGCACCUGCCUACAACCCAAGCGCCUCUACAAUGAUAUCAGCCCCGGGGCUUAAGUGUGAUCUCAGCUGUAGGGACGUUAUUCUCAUCACUGCCUUUGCCACGUCACAGCGCUUCACUCCAGAUUGUGUGUCACGCUUUAAGCACAUAGACAGCCUCCUUGUAACAUCUGGACAUCUUGAUACAACAGUCAACAAGUCUACAUUUAAAAGACUUGGAGAUGUGCUUGGGAAAGAUUAUGGAUUUAAGCGGAAGUCUGAUGAUCAACCACAGCUACGAAGGGUCGUGGAAUCAGUACAUCUUUGUGAAGGUAUAGAUAUAGAAACGAAAAAGAAUCACUGCUAUACACGUGAUGCCAAAAGCCAAGAAUUCACUGAUAACUCAAAUGGAAAUGAUGCCAACAGCCAAGAGGACAAAGGGGACUCUACUGGUAGUCAUGCCAACAGCCUAAGGGACAAAGAGGACUCUACUGGCAGUCAUGCCAAGAGCGGGGUGGAAAAAGGGAACUCAACUGGUAGUAAUGUCAACAGCUUAGAGGACAAAGAGGACUCUACUGGUAGUCAUGCCACCAGCCUAGAGGACGAAGACGAUUAUACUGGCAGUCAUGCCAACAGCCAAGUGGACAAAGGGAAUUCUACUGGUAGUCAUGCCAACAGCCAAGUGGACAAAGGGAAUUCUACUGGUUCUCAUGCCAACAACCAAGUGGACGAAGCGAAUUCUACUGGCAGUCAUGCUAACAGCCAAGAGGACAGAGGGAAUUCUACUAGUAGUCAUGCCAACAUCCAAGUGGACAAAGGGAACUCUACUGGUAGUCAUGCCAACAGUCAAGUGGACAAAGGGAAUUCUACUGGUUCUCAUGCCCACAACCAAGUGGACAAAGGGAACUCUACUGGUAGUCAUGCCAACAGCCAAGUGGACAAAUGGGAUUCUACUGGCAGUCAUGCCAACAGCCAUGUGGACAAAGGGAGCUCUACUGGUAGUCAUGCCAACAGCCUUGUGGACAAAGGGAGCUCUACUGGUAGUCAUGCCACCAGCCUAGAGGACAAAGACGACUAUACUGGCAGUCAUGCCAACAGCCAGGUGGACAAAGGGAAUUCUACUGGUAGUCAUGCCAACGGCAAAGUGGACAAAGGGAACUCUACUGGUAGUCAUGUGGACACGGGAAGUAAAUGCAACCUAUAUCUCCAUGAAAUACAAAUGUUACGGAGUAUACAGGAAGGUAUUGACAAAGAGACGGCAGUUUUACAAGGGAAUGUGUUGCCACCAGGGAAACUACUUAGAAUACUUGAUGAGGUCCUGCAAAGCCUGGACCAGGAACAAGAGUCUGCAGUGGUUUCGGAGAUGCAGGGCAAAUCUCAACCUCUUCUUGGAGACGAUAUGGCCAGCAAGAUAGAGAAUCAACUUAGGAUGGAUAAAGGAUCACUUAAUAAGAUCAUACAAGCUCUCCUAAAGUCAUAUGUGGAAAAGACAAACAAACAAUGCACACAUGAUCAUAAAGGCAAUUCAAUGUGUAGUGAUGUAAAGAGACAAGAGGACAAAGGCAACUCUAGUGGAAGUGAUGCCAAGAGCCAAGGUGACAACAUCACUGGUGUCACAGUCAGACAUCAUGGUGGAGAUGAACCUGCUGUUUCUCAUGAUCACACGCCCAACACCUCCAGGACAGAUGUGCCACCAAUGGGAGCAGAGAGGCAGGAGUCAGGAAGUAAAACUUGCAGUCCUCUACAUUCUGGACCUAGAUGCGACCAAAAGCUCGACUUGUUACGGACUAUACGGGAAGAAAUGAAGACAAAGUCAACUGAUUUACAAAGAGCGGUGGAGAAAAAGUGUAAGUUGCCACCAGGUAUACUACCGGACGUACUUGAUGAGGUGCUGAAAUGUCAACAGAACCAGGCACCAAAGGCUGCAGGAUUGUCAGAAACAAGGGGAAGAUCCCCACCUCUACUCGGAGACGAUAUGGCCAGCAGGAUAGAGAACAAACUGGUGCUGAAAACAGGAUCACUUCAUGAGAGCAUAGACGCCGUCCUGAAGUUCAGCCCAAAGAAGAAGUGGUGGCAGUUCUGGAAUUCAGAUGACGCCUCCACAUGAGCAGACUGUGGGAACUGAUGGGUGUGAGUGUUGGCCAGAGGAAACACAAUGGAUGUUUCAGAAUUUGCGUUCAAACAAUAAACAGAAACAACUUAACCAUGUUACCGGCAAAUUUUAGAGACAUGUUCAGCAAGUUCGGCAAAUGUUAUAUGUCGAGUCAGCAAGUUUUCACCAUGUCAGACCGAGUAACUGAGUCUGGGAUUAGCAAGCAGUCAUAUACGAGGUAUUGUAAUUCAUGAAAUCAGCUGUGAGCAUUGAUGCACAGAUCCUUAAGAAAUCAAAUGAUACAACAUUAAUCUGCUUGUGUUGCACUUCGUGUUUAAAACAUAUUAGAUUAAAAGAUGAAUUUGAUUAAAUGUGAGUUCCUAACAUUCGCCUUAUACUAAUAUUUCUUGUAUAUGUGCGAGGUUCGGUAAAGACAAGAGAAAUGUGCAUGAUGAUUAGCAUGCAGCGUUUAGAGGAUAAACUGUAUAUUACUGUUCUUGGCAUGUUUCAUUGUAUUUUGUAUAUACAUAAG